AUGGCAUCCCAAAACAACGCCAAUUUCAACAAUCACCCCAAUCCAAACAUUAAUAAUCAAAAUGGAGUUGGAACUGGUUUGAUACACUCAAACGGGUUCCACAACGUUAUUAUUACUCCUGACAGCCCUUUGCCAGAAGAGAACGAGUUCAACCAUUUGGGUGCUGUUGAACGGCCACGUGCCACAGGCACCAUUACCAGCGCCGGCGGCUCCUCUUGCUGGGCGGUGUUAGAGCACCCGAUGGAAAUGGCAGCUUCCUUCGACCGCCUUGUCACCCCGACUCUUCGUAGCCAACAAUGUUAA